CAACUUGUCUGUUUUCUUCUGUAAGGUCUCUCGGGUUCAAGAGAGAGAGCCAGCAAGGAACCGAAAAGAAGAAAAAAUGGCGGGUUGGAAUUCCGUUUAUCUUGAAGUAACGUACCAGGUACUCGGAUGGAUCGCGUUCUUCGCUUGGUCAUUCAGCUUCUACCCUCAAGUUGUCCUCAAUUUCAAGCGCAAAAGCGUGGUGGGAUUGAACUUUGAUUUCUUGGUGUUGAAUUUGACGAAGCACUCGUCAUAUCUGAUCUAUAACGCGGCCCUCUACUUUAGCCCUGAAAUUCAGAGGCAGUACCAUGAGAAAUAUGGAUUUGACGAGAUGAUUCCUGUAGCAGCAAAUGAUGUUGCUUUCUCAAUUCAUGCAGUUUUAUUGACAGUCUUCACAUUGUUGCAAGUUUUGAUUUAUGACCGAGGAAAUCAAAAGGUCUCAAAGAGCUGCAUACUGAUCAGUUCGGCCGCUUGGGCUGCUGCUUUAGUUAGCUUGAUUGUUGCCUGGCCUAAGCUUUCUUGGCUAUGGCUUAUUUCUGUGUUCAACACCAUACAAGUCAUCAUGACUGCAAUCAAGUACAUUCCCCAGGCAUUCAUGAACUUCAAACGCAAGAGCACAGUAGGAUGGAGCAUUGGGAAUAUUUUACUUGAUCUAACUGGGGGUCUGCUGAACUUUGUCCAAAUGGCUGUGCAGUCUAUAGAUCAAAAUACAUGGGUAAACUUCUAUGGAAAUAUAGGGAAGACCCUGCUUUCGCUGGAAGUUGUGUUCUUCGACAUCCUCUUCAUACUCCAGCAUUACGUGUUCUAUCCUGUCAACAAGAACGAAGAAGCUGCCCAAACAAUUUCUGAAGGGCUUGAUGCUCCACUCAUCAAUUCUCCGGAGAUUUCUAAGGAGACUGCUUGAGAAAAUUAUUGUUCAAGCCCCACAUAGUACUGUGAUAAGAUUGCUCACACAUUUAUAUUCCUGCAGAACUGUUUUCUGCAUUGAAUCUGUAAUAUAUUUGGAAGAAUCAAGCUUCUUCGUUGUUUCUUUGUUUUGUUUUGUCGGUGUAAUAAAGUAACAUUUCCCUUUGUACAGACUUGUUAAAGGUAAACUGUACAAAUGCUGCAAAUAUCUUCAAUCGCCA